CCAAGCCCUCUCAGGGCUAAAAUGUCGGGUUCCAGAUCCCUGGUCUCAGAGCUGCGGGAACUGUCUCUGGGGAAGCCUCACUCCACCCGCUGCCCAGGCAACAUGCCACAGGCCACAGGCACGCAGCCCCCUCUGCCCUGGCCCACUCCCAGGUGGUGGUUCCUCCUCUGGGGAGUCCUCCAGGCUUUCCCCACACAGGGCUCCGUGGUGCUCCUGGCCCAGUGGCUGCCCCAGAACCUGACGUCCCCUGGGUACCCAGAGCCAUACGUCAAAGGCCAGGAGAGCUCCACGGACAUCAAGGCUCCAGAGGGCUAUGCUGUGAAGCUCCUGUUCCAGGACUUUGACCUGGAGCCGUCCCCGGACUGUGAGCAGGACUCCAUCACAAUCACAGCCAAUGGGAUGGAUCUCGGCAAGUUCUGCGGGCAGCAGGGCUCCCUGCUGGGCAGGCCCCCUGGUCAGAGGGAGUUUGUGUCCUUGGGGAAUAGUUUGCGGCUGACCUUCAGUGCACGGGCCUCUGAAGACAAGACCCCAGGCCUCCACAAGGGCUUCCUGGCCCUCUACCAAGCCGUGGCUGUGAAUUAUACUCAGCCCAUCAACCAGGCCACUGGGGGCCCCCAGGCCAUCCACAAACCUGGAGACAACCCCACUGAGAUCCAGAGCUGCUGCCGGGAGCCCUAUUACAAGGCCAAGCCCUCAGGAACACUCACCUGCACUGCCCAGGUGCCCUGGAAGCAGACCCAGGAAAGGGAGGAGGCUCCCCGCUGUGUGCCUGUCUGUGGACGGCCGGUGGUCCCCAUCUCGCAGACCCAGGAGUCCCUUGGCGCCUCCAGAGCUGAGCUGGGCAGCUUCCCCUGGCAGGCCCUCACCAGCAUCUAUGGCAGGGGCGGCGGGGCCCUGCUGGGCGACCGCUGGGUUCUCACCGCAGCCCACACCAUCCACCCCAAGGACAGCAUCUUGCUUGGGAGGAACCGGAGCGCCCAGGUAUUCCUGGGCUACACAGACACAGACCAGAUGCUGGAGCUGGGCGGCCACCCCGUGCGCCGCGUGGUCGUGCACCCGGACUACCAUCGGGACGACCCCCACAACUUCCACGGAGACAUCGCACUCCUGGAGCUGGAGCACAGCGUCCCCCUGGGCCCCCACCUCCUCCCAGUCUGCCUGCCAGACCGCGAGGCCCUGUACGGGCCCGGCCGGUGGGGCUACGUCAGCGGCUUCGGCGUGGAGAUGGGCUGGCUGAGCACCAAGCUCAAGUACUCACGGCUGCCCGUGGCCCGGAGGGCGGCCUGCGAGGCCUGGCUCCGGGAGAGGCAGAGGCCCGAGGCAUUCACCAACGGCAUGUUCUGCGCCGGGGACCAGACGCGGCCGCAGAGUGUCUGCCAGGGGGACAGCGGCGGCGCCUUCGUGGUGUGGGACGAUCGCGCCCGGCGCUGGGUGGCCACGGGCAUCGUGUCCUGGGGCGUCGGGUGUGGCGAGGGGUACGGCUUCUACACCAAAGUGCUCGACUACGUGGACUGGAUCCGGCGAGUGAUGGGUGAGAAGGACUGACCCCGAGGGGCUGGGCUGGGCGCCCACUGUGGAGCCCAGACGGGAGAGGGCUGGGUUCAGGACUGAGCCUUGGGCGUGGGCGGGUGGAGGCAGGGAGACCUAAUUAGGCCACAGAGCCAGAGAAAUCCUUGCCUCCCAGAGCCCCUCCUCCUCACCCUCCAUCUUCCCAGGGCACUUGUGCCACACCCAGGAAGCCCGAUUAACCUCUGCUCUGAACACCAUCUCCUGCAGACGCAGCUUCUUCUGUACUCUCUUAGGGGACAGUCGCCUUCUCACCCCCUGUUGAAGUGCUGUGAAGGAGUAGUCUCAAUUCAUUUCAUUUCUGGAACAUUCCAAAGCCCCUGUAGUCCACCUUCAAAUACUCAAACUUUUGGCUUCACCAAGCACAACCCAUGGCUGCCUUUGGAGUCGUAGCUCUUUUUGUUGUUUUAAAUCAGAGAAAAAAAACAAC